GGGGCGCUGUGUGUCGAGCCGCCGCCGUCGACGCUCAUCACAACACCGGCGAGAGUGCAGCUAACGCGCCGCUAAUGUGUCAGAGGAAGUUUUCGCUCGUUUCUCCGCUUUAACCUCAUAAUUCUUCACAGAGCUCGUGAGUAGAUUGUACUCUGUUGAUUAAUAGACUCCAGAGUUCAGGAGGUGGUUGCUGUGAGAGGUUUGGGCUGUUGUCGUGAAUAGCGAAAGCUAGCUAGCUCUUACAGAUAAAGAUCUCGGCCGCGUCCCAAAGCUGCUGAGGCCCUAUCUAGACAACAACUGAAGGGUUUGAUUUAAAUCUAGGGUGCUGUCUAUAUAGUCGACGAGGAUUUGAGACACGGGCUGUUGUUUAGGUGCUCUGGAUUGUUUCGUAGCUGGAAAAGCCGAAGAAGCGUAUAGAACCAAAGGCCUCACUCUUCCGUUCCCCUGUGUGAAUCUCUCAGAGCUGUUCUGCACUGCUCAUGCUCCUGACUGGAGACAAGCGUCUGUGAAGUGAUGUAGUGCUCUGUGAAGGUUAAAGAGGGUUUUGUCUCAGGUUGAAGUCAGACGUCAGGAUGUUCAACCCUCACCAGCAUCAGCAUCAGUUUCAUCAGCAUCAGUUUCAUCAGCAUCUCCGACAGCUGCAGCAGCUGUUUCAGCAGCAGACUCCGCCUCCUCCACCUCCUCCAGCUCCACCUGCCCGUCACAUCACACACACGCGGUCUCCUGCUCGAAUGGUGAACCUGUGCUCCUCCACACCGACCAUCAUCGCUCCUAACCUCGUGCUGCAGGGGGCGCUGCUGAUGCAGCAGAUGCAGGCGGGAGGCAUGCGUGGCUUUGGGAUGAGCGGCCAGCAGUUUCCUCAGUUCUUCCCUGCGGGGUCCAGAGCGUCUCUUCUGGGGCCCGUCCCGAUGGGAGCCGCCAUCAAGACCCCACACAUGGGCUUCCAGCGCCACUUCACGCCUCACGCGCGCUAUUACACCAACGAGUUUCAGGCUCGUCAGCCGGACAGGAAGAGGGAAAACGAGCAGAAAUCUGCGGGCAGCAGCGACAGCCAAUCAGAAGCCAGCAGCAGAAGAGCAGAUGAAGCGUCCGCUGCUGGAUGUCAGGAGUCUUCAGAGCAGCCCGAUGAACCAGAGGCCAAGAAACACAAAACACAAGAGUCAGAAGAGCCUGUGGAGACCGAAUCAGCUCGAAGCGCUCAAUAUAAGAGCCCAGAUCCUGCAGAGGUCACUCUGGAGCGAGCGCUGACCGCUGAAGCAGACGAACAGAGUCCAGCAGCACAGCAGGUUGAGAGCACUGAAGGCAUCGAGCAGCAGAUCAGCGAGAGUCCAGACGCCGUCGCAGUCUCUGAUUCAGUCUCGGAGAUCAGGGAGAGCUCAGACACCGCUGAGGAGCUCAAACACACCGACAGGUUCUUCUGCUAUAUUUGCAACAUCACUUGCCAUAACCAGCAAAGUUUCCAGAGCCAUAUGAACGGCCUGACGCACCAGCAGAAGAUGAUGGAGAUCCAGCACAUGAGCAACGCAUGUCUCGUCACGCUGCUGCCGCGAGUCCAGGAGACCCUGCACGGAGCUCACAGAGACGGUGAGAAGAGGCCGGGUCUGCAGAGAUGGUGCUCCACCUGUCAGACACACUUCACCAGCAGCGUCACGGAGCACCGCACAACCAAGGAGCACAAGCACUGUGUCCGCUCGUCCAGCUCCAGCUGCACCGUCUGUAAGCUGCACUUCAGGACGUCCAGAGAGUUCGUGGAGCACAUGCAGUCGCCGGAGCACCAGCAGCGAGUCCAGCAGCUGUGGAAGGAGUCGGGCAAAGACUGCACACAUCAGCUCAACACAGACAUGUUUCUGGGUGAAGAGGACGAAGAAUGCAGCGACGACGAGAGAGAGGAAGAAGAGAACGGGAAGGAGGGUGUGGCUGCGCAGAUGGAGGUCACACUGGAGGAUCUGAGUGAAGAUGAGGAGUUUGAUUCAGACACUGUGUACGGCUCGAGUUUCGUGGUUCCCGUCGCAGGCUUCAUCUGUCGUCUCUGUGAUCAGUUCUAUCACUACGAGUCUUCGGCUCGACACACACACUGCAAGACGCUCACACACUUCAGGAAUCUCAAGCGUUAUAAAGCCUUAAAGAAACAGGAAGACUCGGGCUCGACCUCAGGAGAACCAGCAGACCACAUCAGUCCAGAUCCAGAUCCAGAUCCACAGACCCUACAGUCCUGCAGCAGACAGGAAGUGGAGACGCUCACACAGGAAGAAGACGAGGCCAGAGAGCCGAUCCGGGGCCGGACUCCUGCUCAGAGACGAGGACGAGGAGGAAGACGACGCUGAGACACACAGAGCUGGAUCAGCCUCAGAGGACCCUAGUGAAAGCACCCGCCGUAGACCGUGUGUGUUCAGACGGGAGGGUGACACACACUCUUGCCCUGUUUGUACAGAAGGAAUGAUGGGAUACGCCGCCGGAGCACAACAUCAACACGUCCAGCUCAGACUUCAGCCCAAAAUCAACAAGAUGUGUCAUAAACAUUAAAUUAUUUAAUCCUUAAAUAGACCUGAAAUAGCUCUGUUUGGCAUUAUAAUACAGAUAUAUAGAUCUAUAGAGAGAGAUAUUAUAUAUAUAUAUUUAUAUACAUACUUAAAUGUAUUUAUAUAGAUAUAUUUUUACAUUUAUUAUUUUAUAUAUGUAAGUACAUAUUUAAUUAUAAUUCAUUAUCAAUAUAAUUACAUAUAUAAAAUAAUGCAUGUAAAUAAAUAUAGUAAAAU